AUGGAGCACUUUAACUGGCUCAAUCCUGUGGCCAAUACGAUUCCUGCACACCACCCUGAGCUUCCUGAUGCCACCAUCGCCACACUCAUUCGCGGGGAUCGCCGUGUGUUUUGUGACUGCGUUGCUUUGCCAUAUCGAUAUCGCCAGCGAAUGGUAUCUGGAGACGACGACCACCAUGCGAAGCUGGUAGGUGUAUUGUGGCGAAAGAGGCCACUUUCUGGUCAAAACACCGAAGAGGCCCUCUACUUGCACGACUCUACCAACAAUAUUCUGGUUGUGGAAGACAUGCGUUCUGUGUGUCAUGUGUUUUCGUCAGAUGGUGUCUCACCACCAGCAGAACACCCUUUGUACUGGCUGGCGCGGCCACGUCACUAA